CCCAGCUGGCAUUACAGCGAAAUUUAAGAAAUAUUUUCUCAUGUUACUUCAUUAGUGUGCGCAAAAUGCUUAAUGCCCAACAGCAGCAAUAGCAAUAGCAGCAGAGCAAUAGCAGCAACAGCAGCAGCAAUAACCAACUGCCAGCAGCAAGUACUGGCAGCAGCUUAGCCUGCAGUAGACACACCGCGGUAACUUUUGUUUUCGGCAUCUCGUGUGUACGUGAGUGUGCGUGUGUGUGUGUUUGUAUGUGCGUGCGAGCAAAUUAAAUUGCAAAACUAUACACGACGACGAGCAAUUGCAGUGAAACCAGAAACGUAAAUACGAUAAGCAUACCUACAUACAUAUAGAAUAUAUAAAGUCGGGGAGAGUGCAAGAAAGAGAAAGAGAAAGAGAGAGAGAGAGAGAGAGAGGGCUGCUUCAAACCUGAAUAUAAAUGAUUAUACCAUACACAAUGGAUUUGCAAAAACUGAAAGCUGUAGCGCAAGCAGCAUCGAAAGCCAGAACUAAAACGAAAGCGCGCAAUUGCCAUGCAAUACAAACAAAUGUAACAACUUCACCUUCAAAGUCCUCCUGCUCCUGCUCCUUCAACAACUCCAGCGUCCCCACUUUCAACUGCUGCUGCUGCUUAAACUCCACAAUAGCAGCAACAACACCACCAUCGUCAUCAUCAUUAUCAACAACACCAAGAGCAACGAUAGCAACUAUAGUGGGCGGCUUUAGCUUCCGCUUCAACCCAAAAUCCUCUUCGUCUAUUUGGCGAUUCUAUUUGGCGCUACUGACGCUACUCGUAUUCGUCGCGCAUAUCAACUUAACUUCCGGUCAAAUCGAUUGGGACGACGAUGAUGAUCCAGUUUCUACCGUGGCCGUGGAGGCCGUGCUGGGACGCACCGCAUCCUUGCCAUGCGACAUUGAACCGGAAGCGAAGGAUGAUCGCGUAUACAUGGUGCUUUGGUUUCGUGAGAGCGCAGGCAAACCGCUUUACAGCUUCGAUGUGCGUGGCAGACCCUUCGAGAAGGCACUUUAUUGGUCAGAUACCAACUCAUUUGGGCCACGUGCGUAUUUUGUGACUGGCCAACAGCCAGCCAAAUUAUCCGUGGACAAUAUACAGCUGGAUGAUGAGGGCGUUUAUCGCUGCCGCGUCGACUUUCAAAACUCGCCCACGCGCAAUCAUAGAAUUAAUUUAACGGUUAUUGUUCCUCCGCAUCAAAUACUCGUGUACGAUGCCUCGGGCCGUGAUGUUGCUGGCGCUGUGGGUCCGUUGCUCGAGGGCGAUAAUAUUGUGUUGACAUGUGAAGUGCGUGGCGGUCGCCCGGAGCCCACAGUCACGUGGCUGAAUGGCACACAGACCCUGGAGGCGGGUAGCGGUGUUUCCAUGGGCCGGCAUGUGACCGUCAAUCGGUUGGAGGUGCCGAACAUCCCACGCUCGGCUCUAAACAACACCUAUCGCUGUCAGGCGUCCAACACGAAGCUGGUGGCGCCCGUGGAGCGCAGCAUACGCAUCGAAAUGUUACUCAAGCCCACAUCAGUCAAUUUGACCAACAAGCUGAAGGUCUUCUCGUCAGGCACACAGUAUAAUCUCACAUGCAUUGUGGCUGGCUCUGUACCGGAUACAGAAAUCAGAUGGACACAAAAUAAUCGACCUUUCAAACGUGGCGUGCUGUCAGCAAGCCAAGGCAAUGGACGCGUCAUCUCGACCCUGUCGUUUUAUCCACAGCCCGAAGACGACGGCACAAUGCUCAAAUGCGAGGGCUCCAAUCCCAGAUUACAAAACUCAGCCAUCGAGGACUCGCUCAUGCUGAACGUGAUGUACCCGCCACAGGUCACCUUAUCGCUGGGCUCCACACUGCGUCCCGAUGACAUCAAGGAGGGCGAUGAUGUCUACUUCGAGUGCCACAUUAAAGCCAAUCCCAAGGAGCAUCGCAUCAUGUGGUCGCACGAUGGCCAGGCCGUCACCCAGAAUGUCUCGUGGGGCAUCAUCAUCUCCACACGCUCUCUGGUUCUUCAGCGCGUGGGACGAGUUCAUUCGGGCUAUUAUGCUUGCUCGGCGGCCAACGAUCGCGGCGAGACGCAAAGCGCUUUGGUCAACUUGAGAAUACGAUAUGCGCCUGUCUGCAGCAGCAGCAGCGUGAGUGUCAUCGGAGCCUCUUUGGAGGAGGCAGUCCCCAUACCAUGUCGCGUCAAUUCCGAUCCACCCGAAAUCGAUUUCGAAUGGACAUUCUCGAGCAGUGGCGAACACUUUGAGGUGCCGUCUGGCCACUAUGCAACAAUACAGGACCCGACGACGACCACAACGAGCGACGUGCGACGCACCAUCGUCGAGGCGAACGAGACGCACUUCGAGAGCUAUGUUGAGACCAUCAGCGAACUCAUCUAUACGCCCAAAGGAGAGCGGGACUAUGGCACACUGGCCUGUUGGGGACGCAAUGCGAUUGGAAAGCAAGCGGAACCAUGUCUGUUCCAAGUGGUCCCAGCAGCCAAGCCUGGUGCGUUGCGCAACUGUACAUUGCGUCCAUAUGUAGUGACCUCUGCCUCGCUGAAUUCAUCGAAUCAGACGACAAUGCAUGGCAAUCAAAUGUUGCAAACACAAUACGGCAGGCACGAGUCGAAUUACCCGCAUUUGGAAUACGUACGUGAGCGCCAUAACAACAACACGGCUAACAUUUCCAAUGGCAAGGGAAAGCCGAACAAUGCUGAUAGUGCUGGUGCUGGUAUUGGUGCUAGUCAUGCCAACAAAAUAUCUAACAAUAAAAAUAUGAAAAAUAAUAAAAACACUACCGCUGGCCACGCCAAUACUGCUGGUCAUGUAAAAUCUAAUAAUCAGCAACAUAAAAAGGAUGUGUCAACAAAGACCACGCAGCACAAGCAACAGCAAAGAUAUCGCCUGAAUCAACAGCAAUUGCAGCGUCUAAAAAAGCGCACAUCAUUUACGCCGUCACAAACAUUGGCAGAAAUCGAAAGACAGCGGCAGGCGAAUCGCCAGCUCAUGGGGGGAACUGGCGGCGGAUUCGGAAAAGGCACUGGAUCAGGAGGAGCAGGAACAGCAGGAGCAGCAGCAGUAGGAAGAGUGGCAGUAGCGUCCACACUGCCCACAUCCAGUCUGGCUUACAUCAAUAACAAAACUGAUGGAUUACCGGCAAAGCAACAACAGCAGCGAGUGGACAAUAAACGACGCACGAAGCGAAAUGCCGGCUUUGUUGUUGUUUCAGGCGGUGAGUUGCUCAAAGCAUCAAUAACAAGCAAAAAGCGGCAGCCAACAGCAGCAGCAAUGGAAGCAAUGGCAGCAGGAGCGGCAAGAAGAAAGCGGCAGCCAAUGAAGAAGACAUUGCUGGCAAACAGUGAGGCAACAAAAUCAAAUUUAUCAUUGUCACAUGUAGGAGCAGAAAUAGUUACUAGCGUCGAUGUCAAAAGCAACAACAGCAAACUGCCAACAAAGUAUUUUAAUAAGCGACAGAAAAACAUGCAGAAGAGCAGGAAGAAGAACCACCACCACCACCAGCAGCAGCAGAAGCAGCAAAAGCAGCAGAAGAAGCUGAAACGGCAACAGAGCAGACGUGAGGUAAAUGAGCACAACAUAAUCCAUCAUUAUGCAACGUCAACGACUGCCGUGCACAGCAACAGCAGCAACAAUCGAAGAAAGCGCCAAGCAGCAAAUGACAUCAAGAUGGAGGCUGCAGCAACAGCAACAGCAACAACAGCCAGCAAAAAGCCAACUCUGGUAGCAGAGGCAACAUUAAUGUCAGCGGCGGCAGCAGCAGCAGCAGCGGCAGCAGAUGCAGACAACGAGAACGAGAACGACGCCAGCAACAAUAUCAACAGCAGCAGUAAUGGCAGCUACAGCAGCGGCAGCGAUGACAGCAAUGCCGUCGACGACAACGACAUGACGAACACCAGGCGCACACGCAAAUCUUUGGCCACCAUGGGCAACAGCAAUGUCAGCAGCAGACUGGAGUUGGAGCAACCACACAGCUUGCCACCCAAUGCCCCGCAAAUUAGCAACAAGCCGGCAGUGGUAGCGUUUUACAAGCAACAGCAGCAGCAGCAGCAGAUGUCAGCAGCAAUUAGCAGCGCCAGUAAGACAACAGGAACAUCAUUGGACACCGAAGACAAAACGCAUAUAUCAAGCGCAGUGAUCCCAUCCUCUGAUGAUCUCGAAACUAUGCCGCAUAAAGUUGAUGGCAUUGCCAGCCAAGAAACUGAAAUUGAAACUGAAACGGACGACGAUGAUGAAGAUGAAGAUGACGAAGAAGACGAAGAAGAGGAGGAAGCUGCGGAAGCUGAUGAAGCUGUUGGUGUAGACAAUGAUGAGGCUGAAGAAACUGCAUUGGAGACAGAUGCUCAGUAUAUGGCCGAUGGUACACAUGAGCAAACCGAUCUAGAUAAUGACUUUGCCGGAAGUUAUCAGGAGGAAGAUAUGGAAAGUGCAGAUGCAAAAAGUCUGAAAUCCACCGAGCGACAACAUGUCGAUCUGGCAUUGAUGCAGGACACAGACUCACUGGAAGAUGAGGAGGAAGACGAAGACGAUGAUGUUUAUAAUGUGAGCGAUGAUGAUUUUGUGGCCAGUGUGACCUUUUCUACAGCUGAGACCAAGUUGGAGCAAGCACUGCAGUCGGAGGCAGACUGGCAGCGUCCCCAUUUCGACUACUCACGCAUGGAGUACAGCUUCAAUAAUGGUGUGGCCACCCAGAGCUUAAUAGGUGGUGGGCACAGUUAUGAUGGCACCAGUGGCUCAGCUAACGGCGGCGGUGGUGGUGGUGGUGGCACCAUUAAUUUUGAUAACUAUGACAACAUCAUCUACUCAACCAUGGAGCUCGAAUGCAUGCCCGGCUAUGAUGGCGGCCUGCAACAGCAAUUCUAUUUGGAAGCCUACGAUUCCAAGACUAAAAAGUUGCGUCUGAAUGCAUCCAGCACUUAUGCUGAUGUGCCCGUCUUUCGCAUCGACUUGACGGAUCUCACACCCAUGGACUAUUAUCCCGAUGCGCAUCCAGCGCUUCAUUUGGUGGUCUACAGCGUCAAUCAGAAAGGGCGUUCGGAGCCCAUUGUGUUGGAAAAUGUGCCCAUCAAUGAGGCAGACAAACGUUCAGAUGGACGCAUGGGACUCUCCAUAUUGCCAUUGGCCGCUCUGCUCACUGGAACGCUCUUCACUGUCGGCAUAGCCGUCCUCUUUGUGGUUGUCAUUGCCGUGCGCCGGCGACGCUGCCAAGGCGGCCGCAACAUGUGUGAUGACAAGGACAAGCAUUUGGGCAUGGACGUGACUGUGACGGCGCCACUGGAAACAGGUGCCGGUCAUCAACGCCUCGUUGUGGCCUACACGCUGAAGCAGGGCAUUGAAAAGCAGCCGGAUAUAUUGAGUGCGCAAAAAAGUGCAACUGGCAGUGACACAUCAUCGCCUCUGGGAAAUCGGCCGAGUGGUUUAUUUAUGGGCGUUGCUGGUGGCGGCAGUGGCGGCAACUCGGGCAAUGGCCUCACUGCUGUAUCAAGCGGGAAUGCUGCGGGUAAUAAAACAGACUUUGCUGCCGUUACGCAAGCGGAUUAUGACAUAAAUGCGCCGCACCUUCACAGCCCGCCCUCGCAGUCGAGCACCCUAAAGCUGGAGAGCGUGGACAGCGUCGCCCAGGGCGGUUCAGCUGUGGCGGCUAAAAGCUAUCAGUCAGCCGGGCCGCUUCUUUACGACGCCAUGCCCUCGCUUAGUCGCUACGAGCAGUUGGGCCUCAAUAUUGGUAGCAGCUACAACGCCGGUGGUGGUGCCGGUGUCGGCGGUGCUGGCAGCAACAGCACCCUCAGCUCUGCAGGCAGCACUGCCAACUCAGCCAGCAAUUCUCUGCUGCACAGCUCGCUGGCCAAUGGCGGUCAUUAUGCCUCCCAUAUGCAUCAUACGCUACCGCAUAAUUCAACAGCGACGUCGGGAGCACUGCCCGGACACAGUUUGCAGCAGCGGGUGUCCGGCGAGCAGCUCAGCAUUGCUGACUACCUGACCACCAGCAGCCUGAUUGACUACAAUCUGAGCAAGGCGGCAGCAGCCGCUCCCCCUCUACCCACACACAUGACGCUGCCCAAGGGUCUGGGACUGGGUUCAGUGAUGGGGAUCGGUGGUGGCGGCACCAGCAAUCUUUCGCCCUCGCAACUCACAACGAUCACACAGAAAUCGAAUGCUGGACGCAAUCACAUCAUCACAGACACUCUGCCCGGUCCGGAGAGUUGCGUCUAAGCUAUGGGCGUUGGCAACAAUUCCUGGCAUUAACUAAAGACUGGUGCACAACAACCAAUUGAUAAGAGCUAGAGCUCUGGAGUAAUUAGCACGCAAUGUGGAUUUUGAGUGCGGGGAGCGGGUAAUGAGUCCAAGCAGCCCCGUUUGUACUUAGCAUUAAAAUUUUACCAUUAAGCUUAGACCUAAUCUGAACAGUAUGUUCUUACUUAACACGGUUGCCACACUUCAAGAUUAUACGACGGGUUUUAGGGCUUACGAAAUAAUAAUUUUAUCAUUGUCGUACCUCUUUGGGGGUCACAUAA